AUGCACCCCGGAUUUGGAGAAGAGAUGAGAAGGCACAAGAAGAAGAGGCUGGUGCAGAGCCCCAACUCUUACUUCAUGGAUGUGAAAUGCACAGGCUGCUACAGGAUCACCACCAUCUUCAGCCAUGCCCAGACAGUGGUGGCUUGUCCGGGCUGCUCUAUAAUCCUCUGCACACCAGGGGGGGGGAAAUGCACGCUGACAGCUGGAGGAAAUAUUCCUGAACUUUCCAUCCGCUACAACAUCCACGAGAGGCAGAAUGAAGGGCUCGAUAAAUGA